AUGGAAUCAGGAGUAGCAGCUUCAAUAGGUUUAGUUGCCUCAAAAGCAACGCACGUCAAAAAUAAAUACUCGCAACAAAGAAGUGGAACGCUAAGUUGAUUAACUCCAACGCUUUGUUAAGUGCAUUUAAUUGACCGCUGCUCGUUGUCAUUUCUCUCCUGCAGCUCAAAGUGUUGGUGCUCUAUUUGUUUACGCUACUGGCGUGCAAUCGAAAUAAAUUAGCAAAAGAAAAGCGCAAAGUAUCUUGGAAAUAAUUACAUACGCCUAGAGCAACAUAGAUUAAAUUAUUUUGGAGUAAUAACUACAAUACGUAACGAUAAUGUCUACUAACAAAGAUAGCCCUAGCCGUGACUCCAUGACAUCUUCUUCGGCGCCGAUAUCACUUCUGGCCGAUGGAGAUUCUCUUACCCGCGACUACAGUUUGGGCAGCCUUACAUCUGCAGUAAGCCAAGAUGAAUAUUUCCGAUGUCGUGAUCAUGCGGAAAGUGUUUUAAAACGUUUACAGUUAUAUUUGGAUAGUCAUCAGCUCUGCGAUGUAGUGCUAAUCGCUGGGAUUGACGGCAAGAGAGUGCCUGCUCAUCGUGUAGUAUUAUCGGCGUCGAGCGCCUAUUUUGCCGCCAUGUUCACCGGUUCGUUGCGUGAGGCCAAAGAGCAGGAAGUCACGCUUGGCGAAGUGCAUGGCGAUGCAUUACAAAUACUAAUUCAGUACUGCUACACGGGAUAUAUUGAAUUGCGCGAAGAUACUGUGGAAACACUAUUGGCCACUGCCUGUCUGCUACAGUUAAACGCUGUAGUUACUGCCUGUUGCAAUUUUCUCGCACGCCAACUGCAUCCUUCCAACUGCCUGGGCUUUGCCUUUUUUGCAGAACGACAAAGCUGCACAACUCUGCUGCGCCUAGCCAAAUCAUACACAUGCCAGCAUUUCAUUCAGGUAUGCAAAAAUCAAGAAUUUUUGCAGCUCGACUCAGAACAACUUGGUAAACUAAUCUCAAGCGACGAUCUCAAUGUUCCCACCGAGGAGGAAGUAGUGCACAGUCUCAAGAUGUGGGUGCAACACGAUCCUGUCAAUCGUGAGAAACACAUUCCUGAGUUGUUGGCAUUGGUGCGACUGCCUUUGUUGAAGCCUUCGUUCAUUAUGGAUCAUGUGGAAACGCUUUGCAGUUCGAAUGAAUGCCAACAGCUUGUAAUGGAAGCGCUUAAGUGGCAUUUAUUGCCUGAACGCCGCAAUCUGUUAGCUUUGAUAGCUUCAGAACGUACAAAGCCGCGUAAAUCGACGGUUGGACGAUUACUUGCCGUAGGCGGUAUGGAUGCGCAUAAGGGCGCUAUAAGUAUUGAAAGCUACUGUCCAUAUGCAGAUAAGUGGUCUGUUUGGAAGAAUAUGUCUGCACGUCGUUUGCAGUUCGGUGUUGCUGUGAUGGAUGAUAAAUUAGUGAUAGUGGGCGGCCGCGAUGGCUUGAAAACGCUCAACACAGUAGAGAGUUUAGACUUAAACACAAUGGCAUGGACAGCGCUAAAUCCUAUGGGAACACAUCGCCACGGUUUAGGUGUAGCCGUGCUGGAGGGGCCACUCUAUGCGGUCGGUGGACACGAUGGCUGGAGUUAUUUGUCCACUGUUGAAAGAUGGGAUCCAACCACCCGCACAUGGAGCUAUGUGGCGUCUAUGUCUUCGAUGCGUUCUACCGCUGGUGUUGCAGUCCUUGGUGGCCGCUUAUAUGUAGUCGGCGGACGAGAUGGUUCUGUUUGUCAUCGUUCUAUUGAAUGCUAUGAUCCGCACACCAACAAAUGGACUAUGCGUGCACCUAUGAAUAAACGGCGUGGAGGUGUAGGAGUGGCCGUUGCAAAUGGAUUCCUAUAUGCAUUAGGAGGUCAUGAUUGUCCGGCCAGCAAUCCCUCUGUCUGCCGCACCGAUACAGUUGAGCGCUACGAUCCAGCAACAGAUUCGUGGACUCUGAUCUGCUCGCUUAAUGUUGGACGUGACGCCAUCGGUUGCGCUUUGUUGGGGGAUCGCCUAAUGGCAAUUGGCGGCUAUGAUGGCAAUCACUACUUGAAGACUGUGGAAGUUUAUAACGCCGAGACGAAUGAGUGGACGCAAGCUGCACCGCUGACAUAUAGUCGAGCUGGUGCUUGUGUUGUAGCAAUACCGAACAUAAUACCACCUACUCCACCACUACCCAGUGCAACAAAGAAAUGGAAACCGGUCAGAUUGAAUCCGAUGUGCUACAGACGCACCGUUGAAUUUGUCGAUUAUUACAACCUUUAAGCAACUAAAUACAGCAAACAAUACAUUUUUUA